ACAUGCCUCUUCACGCAGACUCAGUCAUCCUCUCUGGAAUUCGGUUCCCCCCGUCGCGGCACGGAUUUCUACGGCUCGUAAUAAUGCCCAAAGAUGUUCUCCGUCACCCUAGUCUCAGCACACCGGCCGCCAGAUUGUCAGAUGACAUCCUCCACAUGAUAUUCCUCCAUCUCGUGUUGGGCCACGAUCCUCGUCCUGAUUUGCGCCCGCUCAACACGCAGAAUCUAUCCAAUGGCACCACAUGGCUCUCUGUCACCUAUGUCUGCCAAUUCUGGCGGAACGUCGCACUUGCAUCUCCUCGAUUGUGGUCGAGAUGGAUCGUCGACAAAGACUGCUGCAUGCCCAUGCUUCGCGAAUUCAUAUCGCGAUCCGGCAACCUCGCGGUACAUGUCGCCUUCGAAGGUCCUGCAUCUGCUUCGAUGUGUCAGCUGCUUGAGCAAGCGCAGCUGGUCGCCGAUUGCAGCCAUAGACUGUUAGCCCUUGUUAUCAGAAACUUCCACGAGAAGGACACGACUUCUCUCGCGAAUGUCUUCUCACAACCUGGUCCUAUCCUGCGAAAACUCGUCCUCACGGCCACAAAUACUGCGCAGCCGGGGUUGAUCGGCUCCGUCUUUGCGGACGAGAUGCCUGCUUUGCGCUCGCUCGUUUCAUCACACAACGUCCUCCCGUGGUAUCCGUACAGGAAUAUGACCGAACUUGUUCUGAUGAACCAAUCCGCCCCCCCUCUGUCGCAGCUCAAAGUUAUGCUACGCCGCUGUCCUGCCAUACAUUCGCUUUGUCUGGGAUUCGGACAUUCCCAUUUCCCUCCCGAUCCUCUAGAUACGCCGCGAGACAAUGAAGUCAUCCACUUGCCCAAUCUGCGACAACAAUUCGUCCUGCGUGGAAUGUCCAAUGUCGUCGGGGACAUUCUCGCGCAGAUAUCCUUCCCGAAAGUGACCCGUGUCAUGUUGAAGCUGCAUGCCCCGCGUGUCAAUUCCUCAUCCUACCGGCCGUCGAUGCACACAUUCGAGUCCGAGUGGAAGUGUGCAGAUCUCCUCGCACGGACAUCCGGCGUUGGCAUCGACGACAUCGCCUUGUUUUCAGAGGGGCUGACGUCAGUGUCAGUGUCCAUGAUAUCGUGGUAUUGGUGCACUCGUCCGAACUUCCAGUGGAUCUCCCAGCGGUUGAGAACAAUGGCUGACUCCAUCACGUUCCCCCGUCUCGUCCGCCUCACCAUCAAAGAACAGUCAAUCGCAUUGAGUGAUUCAGCCUGGUGUCACAUCCUCCGUGCCUUUCCCGCGUUGACCACGAUCGACCUCAAUGCGGAUGUCACCUUGGGAUUUCUCCGCGCUCUGUCGAAGACCACGCACAAUCAGCAAGGCGUGACGUUCGACGUCUGCCCGCUACUCUCCACUGUCAUCCUCUCGACGCCUUUCGAAGGUGAUAAAGAAGCGACGAAUGAAACACUCCGCCGUCUGACAUACUCCUUCCGGAAACGUGCAGCAAAUGGAGCGCGUCUGAAGCUCCUGAGAGUCGCAUUCGCAAACCUACGGGAAGAAGAGCCUGGUUUCACAGACAUGUUUUCUGAGCUCGCUGAUCAAGUCGAGAUCCAUGUCAUGCAAGGUCCUCUGGCGCCGCCACCGUCACCCGCAUCGCAGUAGAACGUGUCUGUCCGCACUUGUAUAAUGAUUCCGUAUCUAC